GGAUCGGUAGCUAACAGGCAGACAAGCGGAGCAGCGGGCACCGGGCCAUUAGGCGAGGCAGUGGGCACCGGGCCAUCAGGCGAGGCAGCGGGCACCAGGCCAUCAGGCAAGGCAGCAGGCACCGAGGCAUCAAGCUCUACAGCGGGCACCGAGUCAUUUGGCACGACAGCGGGCACCGAGUCACCAAGCUCGACAGCCGGCACCGAGUCACCAAGCUCGACAGCGGGCACCGAGUCAUCUGGCACGACAGCGGGCACCGAGUCAUCUGGCACGACAGCGGGCACCGAGUCAUCUGGCAUGACAGCGGGCACCGGGUCACCAAGCUCAACAGCGGGCAACGAGUCACCAAGCUCAACAGCGGGCACCGAGUCAUCAAGCUUGACAGCGGGCACCAAGUCAUUUGGCACGAUAGCGGGCACCGAGUCAUCUGGCACGACAGCAGGCACCGAGUCAUCUGGCAUGACAGCGGGCACCGAG